AUGCAAAACAAAAUAGUGAAUCUUGAAAAUACAAUAAAUCUACCUGAAAAUCAAAAAACAACAAAUCUGGAGGUUCAACAAAUGGAGGAUGUUAUUGCUGAAAUGGAAGAGAGGAGAUAUAGAGCAAAUAAUGUAAUUAUACUUAAUAUAAAUGAGUCGUUAAAGGCAAGUCGUGGUGAGAGACUUGAAGAUGAAAAGCAGACUGUUUUGGAAGCCUUGGAGAGUGUGAAUAUAACAGACAGAAAUAUAAGCAUUCAGAGGUUGUGGAAAUAUGUACAAAAUAGAUGCAGACCCCUAAAAGUAAGUUUUGCAAAUCCCAAUGAUGCAAAAGAAGUUUUAAAAAACAGGAGAAAUCUACCAAAUAUGAAAAUGUUUGCUGAUCAAACUAUAAAACAACAGAAAUACUACAAAACUAUAAAACAGAAACUACUAGAUAUAAUUGCAAAUGGGGAUAAUUCAAAAACCAUAAGAUACAUAAACACUGUGCCAACAAUUGUUUCGAAGGGUGAUGAAAGAGGAAGAAAUCAAAAAAACCUUUAA